AGACUUCUGGGAUGUGUAGUUCUUUCACGCAGCUGGUCUGCUUGGAUACACUUGCUUGCCAUGUGGAGCCUGCAGCAGCGAGCGAGGAUACCAACUUUCCAGCCUCUAAACUAGAGCUAGCUGUGUUGUGUUGACAGUCAUAAUGUCAUUUUGUUUUAACUUUGAGGUUCCAGCACAAACAACCAGCCUGGACGGAGACGACGCAAAUAAAGUGCAAAAUGGAAAAAAAGAAACAGCUGCUAAAUCUACGGAGGAUGACAUCAAACCAGCCGAGCCUUUGAAAGAAGCAGAAGAGCACCUUCCACUGUCUGACCCACAGUUCAUCCUUAGGGAUGCAGUCACUGAGUCAGUCACCAUAGGAACACUCCCACCUCUUCACUUCCUCAACGAGACCGUUUUUGAAAAAACUGCCUCGGAGAGAGAGGACGGCGAGAAAAUCCUCUCUCGCACUGCGGAGCAGAGGUCUGAUCUUAUCUCUGGCGUUUACGAAGGAGGACUGAAGGUCUGGGAGUGCACUUACGACCUUCUGGAGCUGAUUGAGAAAGACGGAGAGACCUUCAGGGGGAAGGCGGUUUUGGAUUUGGGCUGCGGUGCAGGGCUGUUGGGGAUAUUGGCUCUGCAGAGAGGAGCAAGGCAGGUCCACUUCCAAGAUUAUAACAGUACAGUUAUUGAACAGCUCACUGUGCCAAAUGUGAUAAUAAACUGCCAAGAGGAGGAUGAAGUAGACAGUGACGAUGACAAAGAUGGGAGGGGCAAGGGCAAAAUGAAGGAGGAAGAUGGUUGCAAAAAGGAGGGGAAAGACAAAGAAGAGGAAAAAGAUGGCCAGCCACCACCUAAGAAAAAAGGCACAGACCUAUCCCAGCAUCCAUUUUUAGCCAAGUCUCGUUUUUUCUCCGGUGACUGGAAUACAUUUCUUGCUUUGGUUGAAAAGGAGGAGCCACAACCCAAAUAUGACCUUAUAUUCACCUCAGAGACUAUCUACAACUCUGCAUACUACCCAUCGUUACACAAGACCCUCCACAAACUGCUGGCACCAGAUGGAAUGGUGUACCUCGCCACCAAGUCCCAUUACUUUGGUGUGGGUGGUGGACUGCAUCUGUUUGAGACAUUUGUGGAGCAGAGGGGUAUUUUCUCUUUGGAUCACGUGUGGGAUGGAGAAGAAGGACUUCAGAGACAUGUAGUAGUCCUACGUUUUAAAAAGCAAAGGGCACUUGAAUAAGAAAAGCAGCCUUCAGGUGUCAAAUUCAGCUUUAUUAGUGUAGUAACUGUUAAAGAAGAACUGUUUAAUGCAAACACAAAUAACAGGAAGUUAUAUGUUAGAGAAACCAUUGUAAAACAUUGUAAAGCUGUAAUAAAAUCUGCUGUCUCAUUGCCUUUA